GCCGUCGUGGCUAUCGUUGCCCUCCCAUCUCUACUACCUGCUGUCUACAAUUAAAAAGUGGUAAAUGUUGUUGCCACGGCCAAAUUGACGAUGCGCCGCGUCCGCUGAGCCUCGUGUCCGCACCCGUGAGGACCCGUAUCGCAUCCCCGAGAUCCGUGCUCUGGGACUCCGGAAAAGCCACCAAAAGACCCAGUAUUCCGACAUUUUUCGGUUCCCUUUUUAUUGGUUUGUUAUUGGCAAACGUACUCGCCAGGAUAUACCAGGCAAUAUAAGAUAAACAGAAGGUGGAAAAGUGUACAGCUCCUCGCCAAAUUUCGUUACGGAUAACGACGCUAUGUCGCAGGUGCUCAGCCCCCACAAACAAGGCGUGGCAGAGGCGGCGGACGGGCUGGACUACACGAACAGCAGCUCGAUCAUCGAGUUCCUGGCCAAGGAGCAGGACUGCGGUGGCCUACUGACGGAUCCGGAUCCGGAAUCAAUUUUCCAGGAGGUGAGUCGCCUAUCGGACAACACGGACAUGAGGUCCGUGGACGAGCUGUUGCAGGAGGCGGAGCGCCUGAUCCAACAGCAGUUACGUCUGGGCGGCAUGGUCCCGGAAAUGCAUACCCCCCAGAAACCGCUUGGAUGCGACGAUGCCAUUGCCCCCGGCGAUGGGUCCUCCUCAUCCCCGCAGUCCUCGCCGCACAGCAGCAUCCGACUCAACACACGCUAUACCCAUCGCAUCGAGCAUUUGCCCGCUCCCUUGCCGCCAAAAUCUGCCGGAAUCAAUGGGAAAAUCCGGCCAAGAUCCGGUUCCAAAUCCUCGGCAUCGCCCACAUCCGUGCAGACGCCACUGGACAGCAACAAUGGCUGUGGCUUUGCCGCCUUCGUGGACAACCUGCCCUCGGCAUCGGUCAUUUCCGAGGAGUCCACGCCCAAGGACAUGGACAUGGAGAACCACACGGCGGCCAUGGCGCAGCUGCAGAUCCAGCUCCAGGAUAACACGGAUGACGACGAGGACACGAUGGAGGAGAUCACCGAGGCGGAGGUGGACGCCCCAGCAGCUCCUCCGCUGGCAGAGGACGUCGGCCACUCGGUGAGGAGUUCGCCCGGUGGCCAGGCGAGGGGCCACGCCCACCUGUACAACCAGCCCAUCCGCCCGAUGGCCAGCUACAGCGAGAAGGCGGUGGGCAACUCGCCCAAGCACCUGGUCAGCACCCUGAGUUCGCCCAUCGAGCAGAUCGCCUGCAGUGUCUCGCGCGAGCAUGCGCUCAAGCUGGAGAUCGAACAGCUGCAGGAGCGGCUGAAGGACACGGAGGAGCGACUGGCCUCCGUUCGCCUGCAGAGCGACUCGCUGUCGCAGACGCAGCGUGCCCUCCGCGAGCACAAUGGCCGGCUGCAGGAGGAGUCCGAGAUGCUCAAGCUGGACGUGCAGCAUUUGAACGAGUGCGCCAAUGUCUUGCGGGCGGAACUGCAAGCGGCUCGUCGAGAUCGCAGCGAGGCGCUCCAGGUGCAGCGCUCGCUGCGCGAGGAACUGGAGGAGGCGCACCAGGAGCGCCGGCGGACGGGCGAGGGCAAGGAGAAGGACGGUAGGGUCAUCCAGGACCUGCAGCGCCAGUGCCGCGAAAUGGAGCGGAUCCUCAUGCGCAAGCAUCCGGACUCGGUUUCCGCUCUGAUAGUGGCUUCCAAGAGUCCGGGCAUGUGCCCGCUGGGCGACCAGAAGAGCGCCAACAGUCGCAAGCUGCUGGAGCAGCGCAUCGCCCAGCUGGAAUCGGAUGCCAAGGAGCAGGAUCGCAAGGCGCAGCAGAUUCUGGCCAAUGUCCAGGCGCGCUUCAAUUCGGUGCAGGCCAAAUACGAGACGCACAUUGCGGACCUGGAGACGCAGGUCCUGAGCCUGCAGGAGAUCAACACGAAGCUGAACGAGCAGAUCGAAUCGCAGGUGCGCACCUUGGAUCGCUAUAUGCAAAAGCGUGCGGAUAGGUACUACAACAAUUGCACCCAAACGGAGCCGGUGGAGGGUGAGGAGCAGCCCAUGGGCAGUGGAGUUGGCACAGGAGGAUUGGCCAGCUCGAUGACCACCACGAUGGGCACGCAGACGCAGUCGGCGAACGGGACGCGGGAUCACAGCACCAACACCAUUGGCUGCCCCUCGCCGGCCCUCGUCUACCAUGGCCAUGGCCAUGGCCUCCAUGCCCACCCACAUCCACAUGCCCCAUCCGCUAGUAGCAGCACCAGCAGCACGGCCAACUCCACGCCAAACACGUCGCGUCCGAACUCGAAGCAAAGUGGCGGUGGCCAAAGGCGCUCCCCGCUGGUCACCGCCGGUCCCUCCAAGCUGCCCAUCUCGCAGUCCGACUCCACGCUCUCGCUGCUCAGCCAUGGAGGCGGUGGCGGUGGCUCCAAGGAGGAGGCCCAGCUGCUCAGCUCCGUGAGGAGCAUGCGCGUGGACUUGGCCAUCAAAAACAAGGCCAUGCAGCGACUUACGCGGGAGUUGGAUGAGUGCAAGAAGACCAUACGGAAGCUGCAGCGGGACAGGGACGGCAGUGGCUCCAGCAGCCAGACAGGCAGCAAAUUGGAUCUUAGGUCGCAGGCCAGCGGUGGCUCCCUGCAGAGGCGCUCCAGUGGCUAUGAUCACCACCACCACCACAGUGACCACAUUCCGGCGGCCACCGAAAGCCAGGCUCUGAAGGAGGCUCAAAACAAAUAUCGCCUGCUGGAGGCUGACUAUAAAACACUACACGAUAAGCGGCUGCAGGAUUUGAAGACCCUGCAGAGUGCCCACGAAAGGGAGCUGGCCUCCUGCAACGAGACUGUGCGAAUUCUUCAGCAAAGACUCAACGAGCGGGAGGAGGCACUGACCACCCAAAAGCGGCGCAAGGUGCCCGUGGAUUACUAUGCCCUAAAAGCCAAGGUAUCACUAUUGGAAAGGAGGCACUCGGAGCGGGAGGAGCGACUCCAUAUGCUGGUGGAGGCCCUGAGCAAAGGACGGCUCAACGGGGCCCUCGAGGAUCUGAUGCAGGAGAACAAUAACAAGUAGUGAAGUUCGUAGUGUUUGGGAGAUGAUUUAAGAUACAUUGCCAUGUUCAAUGCCAGCCAAUUUCGACUAGAGUCCGUCUAAGCAGAAAAAACAUCCAAUGAAAAAACAUACAAUUUUAGCCAGGCUCCCAGGACAAUUGCUGCCAGGUUAGAUUGUGGCUCCCCGAUCAAAUGCAACUCUAACUGACGCCCAUGGCGAUUUCUCAAAGCAAAUUCAAAUGUGUUCAAAGUGGAAACAAUAAGUAUGUAUCGACCGGUGAUCAGUUAGCCAACAACUUUUAUAUAGGUUUAAGAUUUCUCCCCCACAAGCCAGCUGCAAUCUAAUCUGGUACUCAAGGCUAAACCAAUUCUGGGCCCUUUGUUCAACAAGGAUAGAUAUCUAAAAACACAGAACAUGAUUAAUGUUAUUGUAGUUCUUAGCAAGAAAGUAUUUUAAAUAUCAAUGUUUCGAUGUAGAAAUUGAAUGGUUCAAAAAGCGUACACACAACAUAGAAAGAGAGAGAGAUGGCGACAAAAGAGCGAAAGAGAGGGUGAGUCAUGAAAAUGAAAGAGAGAGAGAAAGAGAAAAAGAAAUAGCUUGGGAAAUGAAAGUUGUACUAGGAAUAAGUAUUUUAUGUAUAUAGAAUAUCGAAGUACAGAAAUUCGAAGCGAUCUCAAUUUGAAUAUUAUAUAUUUGAUUUAGAAGAAAAGUGCUUUUGGGGCACUAUUAAUUUUACCAGUGUAACAGUCGAUUUUUUUUACCUAACCCAAUUAUUGUGUGUUUAAGAUAGAAAACUUUAAAAAAGUUGAAAAAAAAAAAAAAACACAUAGAACCAGGGACCGUAAAUACAUUUUAUUUAUGUUGAAUCCCGUAAAUGAGAUACUCCAAAUAGCCUAGAAUUAUACAAAUGGCAAUUAAAUCAAUAUGCUAACUUUUCGACCACCUACCUUUACGUAAUAAUACAAAUAUUAAAACUCUUUUGGGCGCUGCUGUCAGUUCUAUAGGAAGCUAAUCCAUAGAGUGGACAGUAUGGCUCUGCUAUUUAUAUUUUUAAGCAAACUAAAGCCCAACCCAGUAAUCAUUGUCGAUGACUUUUGUUUACGCUGAUAUUAUUUUUGAAAUAUUUUUUGAAAAUAAAACUUAAUCAUAAUGAUUACUGCGUUGGUUUUCCAAAUACUUACGGUCCCUGCUAAGAACCGAAUGGAAUAAAAUAGAUCUCCCCAAUUAAAAAAAACUCAAGCAGGCGGACAACUAAGACAGAAAUCAAAUAAAAAUUCACA